UAUACUGUUGCACAUCGUCAGCAGAAGCCGGCAUUUGAAAUUCACACAGCGUAGUGAACAGUUACUCUAUUUGCUAACGUACGUGGAAUAUUUAUUUUAUCAACUGUAUCAAAUUGAAGAUGCGCCCUUUUCAUUAUCGUGCUACCGAGGCCAUUUCGUUCGUUUUGAACCGUAUACAGAAAGUCAUCAUAAAAGUCCUAGAUUUGGUCAUUUUGAGUUGGCUAGCUAUCUAUUACGUCAGUGAAGCCUUGAUAUUGACCGUAACCCCAACGUUCUUACGCAAACAGAAAGAUCUUCGAGGUAAAAUCAUCCUUCUCACUGGCGGAGCCGGAGGCGUAGGUCAAGAACUCGCUAUCAGGCUUGUCAGACAAAAAGCCAUUGUCGUCAUCUGGGAUAACAAUGAAAAAGCUUUGGAAAAAGUGCAGGAAAAAAUAGAAUCACAGGGUCACAAAGUUCACACAUAUCCAGUCGAUAUAUCUGAUCGGGCGAACGUUUACAAAUAUGCUGAUAUAGUUAAGUCUGACGUUGGACCUGUGGAUAUUAUUUUAAACAAUGCUGGAAUUGUAUGUGGGCAGACGUUUUUGGAGAUUCCCGAUCACAUGAUUGAGAAAACUUUCAAAGUGAACAUACUUUCUCAUUAUUGGACAAUUAAAGCAUUUUUACCACAUAUGAUAAAAACUGGCAAAGGACAUAUUGUCACGGUUGGAAGUCUGACAGGAUUACUAGGAACUUAUAAAUGUACAGAUUAUAGUGCGUCCAAACACGCAACUAUAGGCUUACAUGAAAGUUUACUAAUUGAGCUGAAAACACACGGACAUCAUAAUAUCAAAAUGACUCUUGUAUGCCCCUAUUUCAUAAAUACCGGAAUGUUUGCAGGAUGUAAACCUAGGAAUCUGAAGAUGUUAGAACCAAAAGAAGUGGCAAAAAGGAUAAUUACAGCAAUCAAAAAUGAAGAAGUUUACGUUACAAUACCCACUUUCUCCAGAUUCUUUCUUCCUAUUAAAAAUUUUAUUCCAGCCAAACUUGCGUGGGCGUUUAUUUACAGAAUAAUUCAAGGGCCACAAUCAAUGAUGGGAAUGAGAAACUUUGAAGAAGUUGAAGCUGCCUGAUGUCGUGUUAAAGUUAUGUAGUCACAAUACUAGUAAAACGUAAGGUGAUAGUGAUAGGUUUUAUUUA